UUGCUGGCCAACAUGCAACCGAAACAUUUAAGCUCUUUCGACCACUUUUGUGAAUAUUCAUCUCGUUGUUUUAAAAACAGUUCUGUUGAGGUAUCUACUGGUUAACUUUAACGUAAUGUACUUGUUACAUUUGCAAACUUGUUCUGAGCCUAGCACUCGGCUAGUCGCUAAUGCUAACUAGCUAGCUAGCAUUCACAACCAUGAGCUCUUUAAGCUACUCGCCCCCAGCUAAAGAAGAGGAAGAGGCUAUCACAUUGAAAGAAGAAGAGGAAGAACCUUUUAGAGUGAAAGAGGAAGAGGAGGCUAUCUCAGUAAAAGAGGAGGACGACAUUCUGGGAGUGAAAGAGGAGGAGGAAGGAGAAGAAGAGGAGACUGAAGAUCGGAUUAGCACCGGAGCGAGACCAGACUCUCACUUGGACAGAGGAAAGAGUACUUCAGGGCAACCAGACCCAAAGAUGGCCAAACCAGCGAGACCACACCACUGCUCCCACUGUGGAAAGAGUUUUAUUAAUUUAAGGAGUCUAAACAUUCAUCAAAGAGUACAUACAGGAGAAAAGCCUUACCACUGCUCGCAGUGUGGAAAGAGUUUUACUCAGUUAGGGAAUCUGAAAAUGCAUGAGCGAAUACACACAGGAGAGAAGCCUUUCCACUGCUCCCAGUGUGGAAAGAGUUUUACCCAGUUAGCUGCCCUGAAAAUACAUGAGAGGACGCACACUGGAGAGAAGCCUUUCCACUGCUCCCUGUGUGGAAAGCAUUUUACCCAGUUAGGGGCCCUGAAAAAACACGAGAGGACACAUACAAGAGAGAAUCAUUUCCACUGCUCCCUGUGUGGAAAGACUUUUACCCACCCCCUCAUCCCUCCCCUCCACAGCCCCCCACCCGCCCUCAUCCUCCCUCCACAGCCAGAAACCAUGUUUCCCUCUCCCUACCUCGCCCCCCAGCUUUUCAGCCCCCUUACACCCUCCCCAAAAUUACCAGAGACCCCACCCCCGUAA